AUGACUACAUCACUGGCCAAGGAGCAAGAGCAUGCCUAUGUGUCCUUUCUCCAACGUUUAUCUAUUUACAGAGAGGAACAUAAGGCUUUGGGGGAAGUGGCACUAGUUGAAUGCAUUGAGGAUGAUUUGACUGAAAUUCAAGCAGUGGAGGAGUUCAUUCAACCAGCACCAACAGCUUUGGAUGAUACUCCACCGAAAGUAAAAGAUCAAGUGGAGAAGAUCAAUCUUGGGACUACAGAAGAGCCCAUGGAGGUUGGAAUAAGUAAACACCUGGAUGAGGAACUGAGACAACGUUUGGUGGAGUUGUUGCAUGAGUUCCGCGAUUGCUUUGCUGAAAAAUUUGAGGAUAUGCCGGGUUUGUCACCAGAGUUGGUUUACCAUCGCUUGCCCAUCAUGGAGGGGUACAAGCCUGUACAACAAAGUCCACGACGAAUGAGUGCAGACACAGCAGUAACAGUCAAGAAAGAGGUUCAGAACAUGUUCCAAGCCGGUAUUAUCCGACCAGCCAAAUAUUCUCAGUGGUUGUCAAACAUAGUACCGGUACGGAAGAAAAAUGGCAAGAUUCGCGUGUGUGUGGACUACAGGAACCUGAAUACUGCGACACCAAAGGAUGUCUAUCCCAUGCCCGUGGCAGAUAUGUUGGUCGAUGCGGUCGCGGGGCAUGAACUAUUAUCUUUUAUGGAUGGUAUAGCUGGUUACCAUCAGAUUCCUGUUUAUGAACCGGAUAGGCACAAAACAGCAUUUCGAUGUCCAGGGUUCACUGGAGUGUUUGAAUAUAACAAUAUGCCGUUUGGUUUGACCAAUGCGGGGGCUACAUACCAGCGAGCAAUGAACCUGAUUUUUCAUGAUGUACUGGGGGGCAUUCUCGAAGUCUAUAUCGAUGACGUGGUGGUCAAGUCUAAGAAGAAAGAAGAUCACAUCGAGAAUUUGCGGACAAGGUAUUGGGUUGCGGAAGAUAAGGCGAAAGCAGUUUUAGACACGCCGGCACCAAGGAACAAGAAGGAACUUCAGAGUUUGCUUGGGAAAAUAAACUUCCUUCGACGCUUUAUUUCUAAUUCCCCUGGCAAAACCGCAAUCUUCUUUCAUUUGCUGAAGCUUAAAGCAGAUCAAGAGUUUCAGUGGAGACCUGCGCAACAGGCAGCUUUUGACAAAAUCAAGGAAUACCUUACUCAUCCACAUGAGUCCUGGCACAAGAUGGUGAUGGAGAGGGAGGCAAGAAGGUUGAGCAUGCGGUUUAUUACUUCAGCCGAACCUUGUACUAAGCUCCGCCAUUACAUGUUGUCCUUCACUACAGUGGUGGUGGCGCAGAGUGAUUUAGUAAAGUGUAUGCUUACCAAACCUAUGCUUAGGGGUCGGAUUGGUAAGUGGAUCUUGGCGUUAUCAGAGUUUUCUUUACAAUAUACACCCUUAAAGGCGCUCACAGGACAGGCAGUGUCCGACUUCUUGUUGCAUCAUCCUAUUAUGGAGGACAUUGACGACCAGAACGUGGUUUUUUCCUUUGUUCACACUCAGCCUUGGGUUCUGUACUUCGAUGGUAUCAGCACUGAUCAUUUGUCCGGAGUGGGUGUUGCAUUGGUUAAUCCUUCUGGCGCAGAAUAUGAGACCAUCAUCAUUGGCUUGGAGUUGUUGCUUGAUCUGGAGGUCACCGAGGUAGAGGUAUUAGGUGAUUCCCUUCUAGUCAUUAAUCAGUUCAAGGGGGUCUACAAGUGCAACAACUUUACGUUACUCCCUUUUUGGGAACGAGCAUCGGAAUUAUUAGACCAAUUUGUAGAUGUGGUGCUUGACUAUAUUCCUCGCGAACGAAAUUUCGCUGCCAAUGAACUCGCACAGUUAGCUACGGGCAUUUGCUUGGCGGAUGGCGUUAGCGAAAGGAUUUUGAAGGUUCAGAGAUGCACAUUACCUUCCUUUAUGGCAAGGAAAGAGGUUAACAAUGAAUGGUUGGUAGCUGUUAUCGACACUAUUGAUGAAGAUUGGCGGCAGCCGAUCAUCCAAUACCUCACUUAUCCUUCUGCACCGGUGGACAAGAGGGUUAGAUAUUUUGCUACUAACUACGUCCUUCGAGGCGGUGAGCUAUUGCGCAGAGUAGAAGAUGGUUUGUUCCUGCGAUGCAUCUACGGGGCUGAGGCUAAGAGGUGCUUGCGAGAGGUUCACUGUGGCACUUGUGGUUCUCACCAAGCUGGUCCAAAGAUGCGGUGGCUCAUUAGCCGGUAUAGUUUUUAUUGGCCAACCAUGCUCAAGGAUUGCAUCAGCUUUGCACAGGGUUACAUCGAGUGUCAAAUGCAUGUGCCUGACGUUCCUAUGCAACCAAUCAUUAAACCUUGGCCGGGUCGCGACUGGGCUUUAGACUUUAUUGGGGAGAUUCAUCACAAUUCUUCCUUACAGCACAAGCACAUUCUACUAGCUACAGAUUUCUUCACCAAGUGGGUCGAGGCCAUACCAGUCAAGACCACGUCUUCAGAGGUGAUCACGGACUUCAUCUUCAAGUAUAUUAUCACCAGGUAUGGAAUUCCAGAGUGUUUGGUUGCAGAUAGGGGGCCAGGUUUUAUGGCUGAGAGGACCCAGAAGUUCUUAGCUGGCUAUGAGAUAAAGUUUAUGCAUUCUAGUCCUUAUUAUGCCCAAGCGAAUGGCCAGGCAGAGGCUAGCAACCGCGUCAUUAUGUGGAAAGGUCUUCGCGAUGCAUCCUAUUCAUCCCACCACCGCGAGAAACUUGAGAUUAAACUGCACCAGUUGAGGCCCGAUUGGCACCAGCUUGGGAGAUUGGAGAAUAUUACACAUGGGAGGUACAACAGCUGGCGUAGCGUAUCAAAAGAGAUACGUGACGAGCAUGCUGUACCUAUUGGCUCUGGUCCUGAAUUUGGCAGCAUGCUUCCCGAUGCUCGGCGACUAAACAAGGCUAAAUAG